AUGGAUGAACGUUGCAAGUCUUUUAACUUUAACGACUGCAGUAAAAUGUGCGAGUUGAACCUUGCCACAAGACUAGAGCAUCCCGAAGACUUCAAUGCAACUCAAGGGAGUGUGUACUUUGAUGCAGAUGAAGACACACCUCUCUACUCACUGACUGGUAGAUCCUUGAAGCGCUACAGAAGUUGCAAGAUGCUCUUAGAUGUCGGUUAUCGUUCAAGCGGUAUCUACAUAAUCUACCCAGAGGGAUUCGGUAAUGGCAGUCUUCGUGUCUACUGUGACAUGGAAACUGACGGCGGAGGAUGGAUCGUGUUUCAGAGGCGACAAGAUGGCAGUGUGGACUUCUACCGUAACUGGACCGAGUAUCAGUCUGGCUUUGGCGAUCUGUCUGGUGAUUUCUGGUUGGGCAAUGACAACUUGGUGACUCUGACGUCUGAUGAUUCACGUGGAACAUGGGAGCUACGCGUUGAUUUAGAGGACUGGGAGAACAACACGGCAUGGGCAAAGUACUCAGAUUUCCAAAUAUCCCCGGGUGAGUUCAAUCUGACUAUUGGCCAAUACGAUACCAGCAGCACUGCCGGUGACUCUCUUGGGUUUGACGACAGUUAUGCCGUGUUCAGGUAUCACAGAGGACGUCCCUUCACCACAAAGGAUCGUGACAAUGAUGCAUCGGUUUUCAAUUGUGCACAGAGGUGGGGAGGAGCCUGGUGGUUUAAUGAUUGUUUUAUUUCUCACCUGAAUGGUCCAUACCACGCAUUUUGGAAUGCGGGAUAUGCCAAGGGCGUGCAAUGGGAGAGAUGGAAAGGGUAUUCUUAUUCUCUGAAAAAAUGCAGCAUGAAAAUGCGUGAAUUGGAACCAUGA